CCUGUGUCGUGUAUUCUGCGUUCUAACUAGUGACCAGCUGAAGCUAGUUACCUGUAAUAGCCGGUCACUCUGUCGACAGGCGACAUGGCUCACUCUCCGGUUCAGAGUAGCCUGCCAGGGAUGCAGAACCUGAAAGCGGACCCAGAGGAGCUGUUCACUAAGUUGGAGAGGAUAGGGAAAGGCUCGUUUGGUGAGGUGUUUAAAGGAAUAGACAACAGGACUCAGAAGGUGGUGGCCAUUAAGAUCAUUGACCUGGAGGAGGCUGAGGACGAGAUAGAGGACAUCCAGCAAGAGAUCACCGUGCUGAGUCAGUGUGACAGCCCCUUCAUCACCAAGUACUAUGGAUCAUACCUGAAGGAGGCCAAGCUAUGGAUCAUCAUGGAGUAUCUAGGGGGAGGCUCAGCAUUAGAUCUG